AGAACCGUCUACGUGUCGUGAGAUGGGUUCCGGUCUAUUUUGAUCAUUUAUAAACCCGGGGAAUCCUAUAACGGCGUACAACUUCGUGUAUAAAACAAUCGAGUGGAAAAUUCAAUUGCAGUUCAACGUCGACGAUUGACGCGUAUUUUCGUAAAUUCAAGGGAACAUACUUCUGUCUAUUGUUUGUUUAACGAGUGUUCGAUACGUGGUUCGAUAUAUGUUACAUAACGCCGGGAGAAUUCAAGUAUAACAGUACGCACUCAGGUUUUCAAAGAAAUUCUUUCCCACAAUCAAAAGACAUGGCGCCUAUACCUGUCGAUCCAAGAUUUAAAUCAGACCGCAUUUUCAAUGAAAUAAAUAAACAAUUUGUCACAUUGAAACCUGACGAAACAAAGGAAUACAAUGCCCAUUUACAAAGGGUCUUGUCGACGUUCAUUGAAAGAAUGAAAGAAAAGGAUCCACUAUUCAAUGCAUGUUAUCGGCGGAUUGUUUAUGUGGGCAGUUAUUAUGAAGGCCUUAAAGUAGGCAAGCCGGAAGAGUAUGAUUUAAAUGUUAUCAUAAAUCUACCAAUCGACUACAAGACUUUGAACAUUUUAAUAGCUUCCGAGAAGCCAGGAUAUGUGAAAAUUAAAGCAAUGUCAGAUGUUCUACCAAACUUAAGAAAACAACCUAGAUGGUCUGAGUAUAAGAGACCUCGUGCAGCUGUUUAUCAAAGGCAGAGAUAUAGAAAGUUAGUUAUGGAUAAGUGGUUUGACAAAUCAAUGUAUCUUGAUCAAAACCAAUUCCGUCAGUGGUUCGAAUCGGUUGCGAGUAGGGUGUUCCAAUCAUUUCCAACUCCAGCUAACAAUGAGUACAUUUUAUCAGUGGAUGGAAUAAAAUAUACACUGCGUCAAAAAAAAAGUGGCCCAGCACUAACGUUGAAAAUAAACAUACCGAACGGACACAACGUAGAUGUGGAUCUCGUUCCAGUCCUUGAAUUUCUGACCGCACCUCCUCGACCAUUCAGGAGUCACACUAAGAAGAAGAAUUGGUUCGCCGUAUCGAAACCAUUACAGAAUUGUUCCAAUAAUCAUAUACUGUGGAGACCAAGCUUCUACGAAAGAGAACAGGAACUGCUUAAAGGCAGUAUUAAACAAGUCAUCAGACAGAUGAAGAAAUUGAGGGAUACCCAAAACUUUAAAAGCAUCGCUAGUUACUUCAUAAAAACUUUGUUCCUUCGGGAAUUGGAGAACCAAGAUUAUAGUUCCGAUUUUCAAAGAUUACCAUCCACGUGGAUAUUUUACUAUAUGUUGAAAAAAUUUCAAGAAUCGACUGGAAAAGGUAUAAUAUACGAUUUUUGGAAUCCGACAAACAAUCUGUUGGUCAACAUUAGCCAGAAAGAAAUGUCAAACAUAAAUGACAGAUUGAAUAAAAUAAUCAAAGAUAUCGAUAAAAAAAUUCAGAGCGAUGAGUAUAUCAUUGCAGAAUACAUACUGAACAAAGACGAAUUGACAAAGUUGAAAACGUCAAUGCUUUCUUCUGCGAUGAAAGAAAUGAGAAUCGAAUCCGCAUCAGCAUCAACUUCUCAAAAUAAUGGUAUUUUAUCAAGUCUAUGGAACGCCUAUUGGAAUAUUUCAGCCCCGAAUCCUGCAAUUCAAUAACGACGAUAGAGUGUGCAUUAAUGCAGCAGAUUUUUCUUGAUGCUUAUGCAUAGGUAACUUUUGCAUUACUCAAGGAUCAAGUGUUCAGUAAACUAUAAACGAAGAUAUACUUGGGUAUAUAUCAAUAGAUUAUAUAAAUUUUACACUGGUACAGGUAUCACGUAGCACUUCGAAUAGCAGUCAACAAACCAAAUUGGAAGAUAAAUUGCUACCGAAAGCAAUGUUUUAUUAUUGUACUUUUUUAUAAGCAUAUUUGACGUACACUUGUACAGCACGAUAUUCGUCACUGUACAUAAAAGUGCGGAUGUUGCAUAAAUGUCAGCGGGAGUUUUAGAUAUUGUACAUUAUCGGGAAAAAAUUCUAAAUUAGGAAUUCAUGUGACAAUAUUAUGUUAAAAUCUCGUUAAUAUCGUAGGUUUAUAAAAGGUUUUUUAAAAAUAUUUUUAUUACAGUUAUACAAACUAUUUUAGUUAGAAAAUUUUAUCCAUAUAAAAACUAUUUGUUUAAAAUUUGUUUCAGCCUUUAUCCGAUCACAUAUUUUAUAAAUAUUUUAUAUUUAAUACGUGUUUCAGCUGUUAUGACUUUAUAGCUACUUUUAAUCAUUUUUAAUUAUAGGUAGGAUAUGUAAAAUAUUUUUUUACCCCGUACACAUUGGUUUUAUUAGAUAUAAGAUUUUUGUACAUGCAUGAAGUAAUAUACGCGAAAAUCAAUUGUAGAUUUUUUGUCUGGCAAACCCAAAUAUGACUUAGUUUUAAUUAAAAAUAUAUAUGAAUUUUAAAUAGGUAAAAUCUGAUAAAAAUUAGAGUAAUCGAUGGUAGAAGAUUGCAUAUCACAGAACAUUCAUUAUGAAGGAUAAAUCCAUUUUUGCAAUAACUUCAAAUUUCUCUUUCAACCCAACUUAAC